CAGUAAAAAUAAAACAAGGCAAGCAACCAUCACGGGACAAAAUUCUGAGCAUCAAUCACCGACGACAAACCAAAAACGCUGCUUUCGAUUGUCGGUGUCAUAAAAAACACCAAAAGUUCCGAAAAAGAACAACAACUGAGAAAACCAAAAAUCGAAACUUUUUCUUUAUAAAUAUAAAGUUGGGAUCCUGAUAUAUUCGAUUCUGAUUUUUAUUUUAUGCUCUCGCGUUACAUCACCCAUCAUCAUAUAUCCUCAAUUAUCUCAUUUUGGGAUGAUUUUUCAUCUUCUGCAUUGCUAUUUUCGUUAAUCCCAAUAUUUUGGUCUAUGUCUGAAUUUUGGGAUGUCCUCUGGCAUGGCUCUUUUAAGAAACAAUGCUGAAUUAUUUCCAGAGAGAAGAGUCAUCAUUGACGCAGCUUUAAAUUCUAUUACUAAAAGUGAUCAUGGCUCUAAAGUUUUACGUCGUGGUAGUAAAAGGUUCAGUAGGAUCACUAAACAGAGACUUUUGCGCUGGAUUUUCCUCCUCUUGGCACUCUUUUCCAUUUACGUAACAGUUUGUGGACUGAAAGAGUUUUUACAAGCUAAAAUCGAAUCCAGAUUCUCGACUCCACUUGAUCUUGAGGGAGAGCGUUACCUAGAAGAGAAUAGUUUGUCACAAAACUAUGGAAGGCCACCUAAAAGCAAGCGUCGGAAGCAUUUUCCUUGUGAAGUUGGACUUCUGCAAUCAGUAGAUGGCCUUAUUGAACCCAAAGAUUAUAUGAACUUCACAUGGGUUUCUCAAGAUUAUGUUUUCAGUGAAGAAAAAACAUCGGAAAAUGAUUUAUUUGAACCUCGAUUUGGAGGGCAUGCAACUCUAGAGGAAAGAGAAAACUCAUUUUAUGUGAAAAACCAGACAAUCCAUUGUGGUUUUGUCAAGGGACCGCCAGGAUAUCCAAGCACUGGAUUUGAUUUAGAUGAAAAUGAUAAAGCAUACAUGUUCAGCUGUAAGGUUGCAGUUUCUUCAUGCAUUUUCGGAAGCUCGGAUUAUAUUCGGAGGCCUACAAGUAAACUGAUCAGUCAAUAUUCAAAGGACAAUGUAUGUUUUGUCAUGUUCAUGGAUGAUCAAACACUGUCCAAACUUUCGUCAGAAGGAAACAGUCCUGAUGAAAGAGGUUACAUUGGCCUAUGGAAAGUAGUUAUUGUACAAAGCUUACCAUAUGACGACAUGCGUAGAACCGGCAAGGUGCCAAAAUUCUUAUCACACCGUCUCUUCCCAAAUUCGAGGUAUUCAAUUUGGCUUGACAGCAAGAUGCGACUCACGUCUGACCCUAUGCUGAUUAUUGAAUAUUUUUUGUGGCGAACAAAGGCAGAAUAUGCCAUUUCGAAUCAUUAUGAUCGUCACAGUGUCUGGGAGGAGGUACUCCAAAAUAAGCGCUUAAAUAAAUACAACCACACAGCAAUUGAUGAACAGUUUAGCUUUUACGAGUCUGAUGGCCUCCCCAGGUUUGAACCAUCAAACCAUAAUCCUCUUCCAAGCUAUGUUCCUGAGGGUUCCUUUAUAGUCAGGGCGCAUACACCAAUGUCAAAUUUAUUUUCCUGUCUUUGGUUUAAUGAAGUUGAUAGAUUUACAUCCCGUGAUCAACUAAGCUUUGCAUAUACUUAUUUGAAGCUCAGGAGAAUGAAUCCAGAUAGACCAUUUCAUCUGUAUAUGUUCAAGGAUUGUGAACGUAGAGCAUUGCUGAAGCUAUUCCGGCACAGGACAGCUCCAUCUCCACCAGGGACUGCUUGAACAGUUCCACCUCUAGAUUGCUUGAUCAAUUCCAGCUCCGCAAGGGGAUCCAAAUCCGUACGGAUGCACACUGAAGAGAACGGUAAUUUAUACUGGACAUCCCUUCCAGCAUGACUAGUAUCAUUUUGAUGUGUAUGUUUUAAACUGGAUCAAAGAAAGACAAACUCAUCUAUAGAAACGCGUAUUCUUGAUCUUCUUGCAUCAGUGGUUGCAAAGUGAUUGCCGAUGCAUUAUUGUCGCAAAAAGUUGGGGUCCAUUGGAAGAUCUUGUGAGCGUAAGGGCAAGUUGAGUUAGUUAAGUAUAGAGGAAUAGAUGGUUUUGCUAACAUGUGAAAUUAGUGGCUUAGUAGAGGAUAUUAGUUAGUGGCUUAAUGAGGAAUUUUCCUUUUGUAACUUGCCCCCAUAUGAAAUCAGUGAACUACUUUGAUUCAUAGCCAUUGUAUUGCAAAAUAUUUAUAACAAGUUUUUAAUAAUAGUUGUUGGUUUAGUUUUA